UCGGUCAAGGAAAAAAAUAUAUAAAAGAAUUCUAAAAGAGGAAAAAAAAACCAAAAACGUUCUCUCCUCCUUCUUCUUCCUCCGGAUCGAGACCAACUCCGGAGAACGAAAACAACUACUUGACAAGUGAUUUAAAGAGGAUGCAUUCUUUUGGUUACAGAGCGAAUGCUCUGCUCACAUUCGCUGUCACGAUACUGGCCUUCAUUUGCGCGAUUGCGUCCUUCUCUGAUAACUUCAGUAACCAAACUCCCUCUGCUCAGAUCCAGAUAUUGAAUAUCAAUUGGUUUCAGAAGCAACCCCAUGGAAAUGAUGAGGUCAGCUUGACACUGAACAUAACAGCGGACUUGCAGUCACUAUUUACUUGGAACACAAAGCAGGUAUUCGCUUUUGUGGCAGCAGAGUAUGAAACCUCAAAGAAUGCCCUGAAUCAGGUUUCUCUUUGGGAUGCCAUUAUACCCGAGAAAGAGCAUGCCAAAUUCUGGAUUCAAAUCUCAAACAAGUACCGUUUCAUAGACCAGGGACACAACCUUCGAGGGAAAGACUUCAACUUGACGCUGCACUGGCAUGUCAUGCCCAAGACUGGCAAGAUGUUUGCUGACAAAAUAGUUAUGUCUGGUUAUCGUUUACCCGAUGCAUACAGAUGAUUAUGAGGAGCCUCGUGCAUCAUCUAGGAAAGAAGAGAGUUAUGUUUCAGGUGUUCAGUUAGUCUUGAGACGCCUCAAUGGCUGAUUUGUAUACUGUGAACAUGUUUUACUGACAUGAAGUUGAAACGUUUAGUGGAAUGAAUUUAUGAGCCAAUAACUUCA